UGCCUGAGAUACACUUACUGGCAUUAGCACAGUGUUAGGACCGAGCCUGGACCAACGGGUGGACCAUCAGUCAGGGCAUCCUCUCUUACAACAUCCCCCAUCACCCUCACCUUGCUCAGCAUCACCCUCACCUUGCUCAGCAUCACCCUCACCUUGCUCAGCAUCACCCUCACCUUGCUCAGCAGAGAACUACCAUGAUCUCACUCCAGAGAAUGUUGGGCCUCCUCAUGCUCAUGCUGUUACAUGGAGUAAAUACCUUUCCUCUUGAGCUCAACCCUCCCAGAGUGGUGGUGAGAUAUGGAGACUCAGUCUCAGUCAACUGCAGCACAUCAUCCACAGACCAUGAGGGGAUGGGCUGGGAGGCCACAUUCGGAGGUACAGGUUUAAAACAACAUGUCAACGUUGUCACCUGGACUGUGGAUAACCUUACUGAUUGGACAAUAGAACCUAAAUGCUACAUCACAUCAUUGAGCGAUCAACCCUCAAAAGUACUUCCAGUCAUUCUCUACAAGACUCCAGACAGCGUCUCCAUCUCUGUUCUGAGCCACUCUGGUCCCAUGGUGGAGGGGACAGAGUACCAGCUGCAGUGUGACAUCCAGAACAUCGCUCCUCUACAGAACCUGGUUGUGAAGUGGUACAAAGGGAAUGAACUCUUAGAUAAUGUAACUUACAGCGACGUCAGUAAGACACCAGUGGAUGUGUCACCUACUCUGAUGAUCAUCCCCAGUAGAGAUGAUGAUGGAGCUCAGUAUAGAUGUAGAGCAGAACUGGACCUGGGACCAGAGGGACCACAACCCCAUCCUACAGUGACAUCAGAACCUCUCAACAUUACUGUGCACUACAAGCCAGUGAUUGAAUGCCCAAGCCAGUACAGUGCCGUGGAGAAUUCCCCCCUGGACAGGAUCCCUUGUACAUUCAAUGGGAAUCCUCCCCCUAACGUUGUGUGGUACCAGGAGGGCAGACAGGUCAAUGCCUCUGCACCCCUGGCCAGGACGGACUUUGGCCAGUAUGUCAUCACGAUCACCAAUGACAUAGGCAGCACCAGCUCUACUGUUCAUAUCACAGUGGAAUAUGCCCCCAAGUUUAACUGUAUUGAUCAAUAUGAAGUUAAAGAGAAUGAAAAUCACAACCUCUCAGUCACCUGUACAGUUGAUGGCAACCCUUCUUCUAAAAUCACCUGGUUGAAAGCCCAACAGGAAGUGGAUAUCCCUCAAAGUCUCACUAGGGAAAACAGAGGGGAGUACACCCUGGUUACAAACAACACACAUGGAAAAGCCACUCACAAGCUUGUUAUCAACGUCUUGUAUGCUCCUGAGUUCCUUCUAGGGAAUGACACAGUGGUGGUGCGUGCAGACAGUGAUGUGUCUCUGGACUGCAGUGCUGAGGGGAACCCUCCUCCUGAGCUGAGGUGGACCAACAACACUGCAGAGGGAAAUGCCAAUGAGACCACUGUGGGGCACCUGCGUACUCUCUAUAUCUCCAGAGUAACAGCUAAUGCAACUUACAACUGCACAGUCACAAAUAGACUGGGCUCCAUCACCAAGCAGAUACAUGUCCUAGUAGAUGUACCUCCACAACAACACCCAACCAUGUUCUCCACAGCACCCUCAACUCCAGGAACUAUGACCACCCUCCCAGCAACAGUCAAGCCAAAAGUAGUUACCUUUCCUCUUGAGCUCAACCCUCCCAGAGUGGUGGUGAGAUAUGGAGACUCAGUCUCAGUCAACUGCAGCACAUCAUCCACAGACCAUGAGGGGAUGGGCUGGGAGGCCACAUUCGGAGGUACAAGUUUUGAACAAGAUGUCAACGUUGUCACCUGGACUGUGGAUAACCUUACUGAUUGGACAAUAGAACCUAAAUGCUACAUCACUCUCAAUGAUGGCAAACAAUCCUCAAAAGUACUUCCAGUCAUUCUCUACAAGACUCCAGACAGCGUCUCCAUCUCUGUUCUGAGCCACUCUGGUCCCAUGGUGGAGGGGACAGAGUACCAGCUGCAGUGUGACAUCCAGAACAUCGCUCCUCAACAGAACCUGGUUGUGAAGUGGUACAAAGGGAAUGAACUCUUAGAUAAUGUAACUUACAGUAACGUCAGUAAGACACCAGUGGAUGUGUCAGCUACUCUGAUGAUCAGCCCCAGUAGAGAUGAUGAUGAAGCUCAGUAUAGCUGUAGAGCAGAACUGGGCCUUGGACCAGAGGGACCACAACCCCAUCCUACAGUGACAUCAGAACCUCUCAACAUUACUGUGCACUACAAGCCAGUGAUUGAAUGUCCAAGCCAGUACAGUGCCGUGAAGGAGAAUUCCCCCCUGGACAGGAUCCCUUGUACAUUCAAUGGGAAUCCUCCCCCUAACGUUGUGUGGUACCAGGAGGGCAGACAGGUCAAUGCCUCUGCACCCCUGGGCAGGACGGACUUUGGCCAGUAUGUCAUCACGAUCACCAAUGACAUAGGCAGCACCAGCUAUACUGUUCAUAUCACAGUGGAAUAUGCCCCCAAGUUUAACUGUAUUGAUCAAUAUGAAGUUAAAGAGAAUGAAAAUCACAACCUCUCAGUCACCUGUACAGUUGAUGGCAACCCUUCUUCUAAAAUCAUCUGGUUGAAAGCCCAACAGGAAGUGGAUAUCCCUCAAAGUCUCACUAGGGAAAACAGAGGGGAGUACACCCUGGUUACAAACAACACACAUGGAAAAGCCACUCACAAGCUUGUCAUCAACGUCUUGUAUGCUCCUGAGUUCCUUCUAGGGAAUGACACAGUGGAGGUGAGUGCAGGCAGUGAUGUGUCUCUGAACUGCAGUGCUGAGGGGAACCCUCCUCCUGAGAUGAAGUGGAACGACACCGCUGCACGCAGUGUGAAGUUGUCCACUGAGGGGCGCCAGAGGACUGUUAGAAUCACCACAGCUGGGAUCUACAUCUGCACUGCCACGAAUAUAUUUGGGACGGUCACCAGAAGAACAACAGUAACUAUAAAAGGUGGCUCCACAAUUAUAUUUUGGGUGAUUGCAUUAGUUUUCCUGGUCAUUGCCCUGGUAGUCCUGAAAGUCUUCUGUAUGUGGAAGAAAAGACAAGGAUAUUAUAAUUUCAUACCAGUCAACCAGUCAAAUGUUCCAUUGAUGCCACUGUCUACAACAGGGGUAGACAACCAUGAUCCAGAGGGGUAUCCUACGAAGGUUUGAGGAGUUACCUAAGUAAAUUAGAUAAACUCUUGAGUUCAACUCGGGAUAGCCAGUCAUACGAAAGUGUCUCACCCUUUAGCCAGGUACAUUUCAGAACUAAUCUGCUCCUGGGCAGGCUAACUCCAGCCCAGUAGAGGUUACUGAGGGGAGGACGGCCCAUAAUAAUGGCUGGAACGGAGCGUGGAUAACAUUCCACUGAUUGCGCUCCAGCCAUUACCACGAGCCCGUCUUCUCCCGAUUAAGGUGCCAACAAUCUCCUGUGAACUCCACUUGCCCUGACUGAAGUGAAUGAGCCACGAGAUGAAGACCAAUUAAAUAAGAAUCCCUCCCGCUUGUAAAGAUUGCGUCAUCAUCUACUUCAUUUGAGGAAGACAAUAUUUUAUUCAUGAAUUUUUUUUGUGUGUGUAAAAUUUUUUUUUGGGGGGGAUUAAAAUAUAUCACAUUCCAAAUGUUGUAAUGACAGAAUGCAUUUUAAAUUUCACGCACAGUAACACGUUUGUACAAUAUUAAAAUGAUUUGGUCUACAUGCAACAAUGGGAUUUAAUAAAUCAAAUCCUUAAAAAUACAUUUCAUCCACAUCAUUGAACAAUUAAUUCUGAAUGAAAAACGAAAUAUAAUUGAUUUCAAACAACAAUGAGACUGCGUGAUCUGCAAACGUAUUUAAAAUGUAAGAUUAGGGUGGGGAUUCAAUCGGAGCCUGUUCAAGUGUCUUGCAUCUGACAACAUACAAACGAAUGUAAUAAGAAUGUUCAUAUUUCUAUAUCAAUACUUAAUUGUAUUGCUUGCUGUAGUCUAAUUACAAUAGCAUCCGAACAUUCAUUUUCCUUUAUAAAACUAUUUUCAAAACUGUUUUUAAAAGUGACUUGUGUAUGCCCAUAAAUAAACAAGCAUCACUGCUUAUGACA